AUGGACACGGACGAGAAGAAGGCGGCGCUGCCUUCUGCAACGGCCUCGCCAUCCGCACCGCGAGCCCUCGACGAUGUUGACUUCACCAGCGGCUACGAGACACAAUAUCGCGAGGAGUAUAGUCCACUCAAGCCCACCUAUGUACAGCCUCCGGACAAGCGAAUGGCCUGGUAUCGUCACUGGGAUGCCAUCAUGAUGGUACUCUUCCUCGCCUCUGUCUUCCUUGUUGGCACCGUUCUAAUGGCAAUACAUGUUUUCACCGCAAGCCCUGUUCAAGUCUUGAUCAUAGUGGUGGCCUACGUGACUGUGUGCAGUGCCGCGAUUUGGAUAGAAGUGCAGAGCAUCAAAGUGCGUUGACCUGCUGACACGCUGCAAUUUGCCAGAAGAAUUGAGAAAUCAGUGACUGACCAAUUUUGGUACAGCAAGUGAGAAUAUAGAUAUGUGCUAUUUCCCAAAUGUCUAAUAAGUCUCUAAGCAAGGGUCUUAUGUGUUAUGCAAGCAAAUAGAAAAUUAUCUAUGAAAUGUUAAAUCUUAGUUAUUGUUUCCCCAUAAAACAUACAUAUAUAAAAAGCUUUACACUAGACAACAAUGCAAAAAAAAAAGUUAUAUUAUACUGGAAUGUGAAAAAAUGAUUUCUUCAUUUUAGUAAAAAAAAAAAAAGAUUUAUAAAAGCAAUUAACUAUAUGUGGAUGGCAUAAAAUUCGAUCUGUUUUUUAGAAUUUUUAACAAUUAUAAAAAAUGGUUGUGAAUAAAUCUUACUUCGGAUUGAAGAAGUGUUUUUAUUUAAAAA